AUGGACGCCACAGGCAAGCCUCUCCGUCGUCAGGCUCAGGGCCUUCAGUGCCAUUAUUUCUCCGUGAUCCAAUACCAAGGCUUUCGCUUGGCGCCUCGCCAAGGCACUACAACGUCGGUACAGCCGUCAUCGGAACCUGGAGGUAUUUGA